AUGGCGACUACACAAAUCGACACUGGCUCCGUAGCCUCACAACCUACAGAAGUUCACCGUCAUGGCUAUCUCUUUGGUCUGAAGAUCAGCGCAUCCAUGUCACCAUUGCUACACAAGACCAUCUAUGAAGAAUUGGGACUGGAUUGGGAGCAAGAAUUGUUCGAGUCGAGUGAUAUCCCGAAAUUUUUGCAGUUAACCCAAGAUCCAAAUUUCUAUGGCGCUUCCGUGACCAUGCCCAACAAAGUCGCCAUCAUGUCGCAUUUGGAUGAAGUGACAGAAGAGUGCAGCGAAGUUGGAGCAUGCAACACGGUCUUCUUCCGGGAAGAAAAUGGCAAACGCAUCCUGUGUGGCACUAAUACAGAUGUGGUUGGAAUCAAGGAGUCUUUUUACCAAAAUGUCACCAGUCCUGACACUAUCUUUCAUGACAAGCCUGCCAUGGUCAUUGGGGGUGGUGGUGCUGCCCGGAGUGCAGUCUAUGCUCUACAGAAAUGGAUGAGAGCUACAAAGAUCUACUUGGUCAAUCGCGAUGCAGGUGAGGUUGAAGCUGUUAUCGCCGAAUGCCUGGCCCGGGGCUAUGGUGACAGGCUGGUCCACGUUGCGACGGUUGAGCAGGCAGAAGCGCUCGAGGCUCCUGGAGCCAUUGUCUCGUGUGUUCCAGACUUUCCCCCGGUCACACAGGAGGAAAUUACCGCCAGAAGUAUCAUCGAGACAUUUUUCAAGAAGGACAGGAAAGGAAGCAUCUUGGAAAUGUGCUACAACCCCAACCCUUACACUGAAAUUGGUGGCAUUGCCGAACGUGAAGGCUGGCAAGUUAUCCUCGGCACCGAGGCCCUCAUCUGGCAGGGUCUUGAGCAGGACAGAUACUGGACCGGCCUCCAGCUUCAUGAACUCCCGGUCAACCGAGCGAAGGAAGUCAUUGCCGCGCGUCUGUCGCAAAUUUCCAAGCUAUAA